AUGCUUCUUGCAAAUGGUACACAACCAUGGAUCAUAAACAAAUAUAAAAAUAUGCCAUACGAAGAAGCAACAAAUGAUGAAAUUCGUUCAUUAUUUCUUCGUCCAUUGGAGAGAAAUAACAAUCGAUUUUUUUAUGAUGACCCUGCUAGCAUGUGUUUAGAAUUAAUUUCAGAAAAGAAAAUAGAAGAAAAUGCUAUUAAUCAUGUACCAAACGGUUGGAUUAAUGGAUAUAAAAACAUUGGUAGAGAUAUUCAUAAUCGAUGUUUUACAGGUCAAUCUUAUCGUGGUCUAUCAAUGAUAACUAAAGAUAUUGAUGAGUAUAAAUUGGCUGUUGAUAACCAAGGAACAUUGAUUGAAAUCAAACCAUUAACUUCAACAUCUGUUAAUCCGGAAGUUGCUUAA